AUGGCCACACCAAUGGUGCCAGACUGGAAGGAUUAUUUAGCCGCCUUUCAAUCAUUUCAAAAUGAAUCAAAGUCCAAAUAUAGGGCGGUCUCCAUUAACACCAAGGAUGAGGGUGAAAAAUCAUCCAGAACAACAGAGAGCCUAGCUGCUGAGGGUACCCCUGUGAAACCUCCCUCUGGCGCUCAGGUUACUAUAUUGAACGUUAGCAUGGGAACUGCAAGUACUGCUUUCACAUCUCCAAACCAAGGGAACCUUUCUACAGGUCCUGCAGACACCUGCCCUAGCAGCAUCUCAUCAGAAGCCUCUAAAAGGAGUGAAAAUGUGGUGAAUGAGCUGAAUAAUUCAGAGGGAACAGUGAACGAUCUGAAAGAAACUGAGAAUCCUUUUGAUCCUGGAUCCGUUGAGCCGCAAUCCUCACUGCCUCGUACGGUAAUGUCCGAAUUAGUCGAGGAAGGAGAAAAGUCAACUCGCGAGCAAUGUACCUCAGGCAAUCUCUCAACUUCAACAAUGGACUUGAAGUUUUCUAAACAGCUUGAGCCCGAAGACUCGAAAAGCGAGCAAAGCCAGCCAAGUGAGCCAAUCUACCAGGCUGAGAAUGCAUCACCAUCAAAGCGUGAAUCUGACAAUGGCAUGGAUUCGGACGGUUCUGACGAAAUCGUAUUUCGUCAGGAUGAACAUAACAUGGUUGGCCCUCGAUUGUACCCAGGGAAGCAAUUUACUGAGCAAGAGAAACGUGCUUUUCCAAUUGCGGGACAAAUGAAUAACUCAAAGGAAGCCCCGAAGCCUGAGCUAACUCGGCCAAGUCCAAACACGAAAGCACAGAAGAAUGCCGCUCCCAAAGAGGCCACCAUCGAAGACAAGAGGGCCAAGCUACAGAGACUCCAGGAGGCAGAAUUGCUUAAGAUCCGUAGGAAGCAACUGGGGCUCGACGAAACCCAGGCCAAAGAUAGCCUACUACAUCUCGCGCGUCAGGGACCAGGAGCUGAUCCUGAAUCUGAAAUCACUCGCGGGAUUCGGAACCUUGUCCUCGCGGCACCACAACAAGCGACUCUUACCCCUCCACCUCUAGGAUCUGGUAACCGUCAGCAGUGUGGUUUGUCCGGUGUGGAACUGGUAGCCGCCAACUCUGCUCUUACAGAAGGACAUCGAGAAACCGGGGUUGAACUUCGAGAAGUUAGCGCAUUUCAACCUGUUUUGAUAGACUGGCAGUAUCGCCCCUGGCAGGCCUAUGGAGACGACUGGACCAAAAGAUUUGGCGACUGGCUGGAGUAUACAAUGAGACUCGGCUGUGUCGUUGAUACCCAUUCCGGCCCUUUUACUAAUCCUGACCUUCACCCCGAUGGCGUAAGCGGGUUUGUUGAAUUUGACAUUCAAGAACCGGUCGUGGACACAUCUAUUGCGGAAAGCGCGCAUGCCCACGAAACUGCUGCUGGUUAUAUUUAUAACUGGAAUCUUAGAAUCGAACAGGAUAAGGCAAAGGAACUGCAGAAAAAACAACUGUCCAUCGCGCAUAUGAAAGCCAUGGCCAAAGUCAAACCAGAGCCACAUCCUUUCGCUCCGAAAACGAACCUUUAUCUUCGUCCCGUUGAGCCAAAGGAUAUUCCCGGCCUAACAAGUCUAUACAACUGGUAUAUCAAAAACUCAGUCCGGUGUAUCGAGUUAGACGAAAAGUCCCCAGACCAAAUGAGGCUUUGUGUGAAUCAGAGCGAAGCUGCAGGACUCCCAUGUCUUAUCGCAGCCGAGCAUAAACCAGGACGUGGAUAUGCUAUGAACAGCGAAAAAGAAACGGUUUAUGGCUUUAUCAUUGCGAAGGACUUCUCUGGAAUACGAACCGCAAAUCGAUAUACUGCCGAAUUAGAGCUGUUCGUAAACCCGACCCAGUAUAACCGUCGCGUUGGCAGAAGUCUUUUGGACAAAAUGCUCGAGCUUUGUGAUCCAAGGUACACGCCUAAACGCGGUUAUACAUUCGACUGCGCUGCGCCUGGAAGAAGCCUAUACUGCGGUGCAGAUGUUCGCCCAUUGUCCAGGCUCGUCAUCGUCUUCCAUUAUUCAGCCGACGAUGCCAAUGAAUACCAGUGGUUUAAGACGUGGAUGACCGAGGAAUUUGGUUUCGCCGAACAGGGUGUGCUUCAAGGAACAGCAGUGAAGAACUGUAAAGUGCUGAGCUCUGGUUAUCUCGUUCGAAACACCACCCUGAAGCCAGAGACAAAGGGAGAUACGGAGAUCGUUCGCUGGCGUUUUGGCUAA